UCUGGGAGGGGACAGUCCAAAAGGCAGCCAGAUGUCAGGGACUGCCUCCAAAUUUUGUUCAGGUUAGCUUGAGGGAGAAGAGAAAGGUGUAGAAAAGAUAGUGUGUAUGUUUGGGGGAUGGGGGCUCGGAAACCUACCUCCAACUACAACUCUGCUAUCAAGUUGCUGUGUGACCUUGGGAAAGUCACUACCCCUCUCUGGUCCCUUGAUUCUCCUUAUGCAAUGAGGACUCUGAAUGGCCCCAGGAUUUCCCCAGCACUGGAUGAGAUGAUGGCCAUGGCCACAUGACCUCUGUGAUUUCAAAGGGUUUCCACAAACCAUCGCAAGCUGGCCCUGGGCCAAAAGACUUCCUGGGGAUAAUAGCAAAGCAGUUCAGCCCCUCAGCCUUUCCAUUCUCUUGUCUGGACAGCAAGAACUAGGGGCAGGCCACUGCAAGCAAGCCCAAUUGGAGAGUAAAUCCGAUGGUCACUUAACUUAAGGCCUUUGGGUCAGACAGAUCUGGCUUCAAAUCCCACCCCUACUGUGUGCUUGAAACCUUGGGGGGAAGUUACCUACACUCACAAGACCUCCCUCUGCUCAUCUGUACAGUGCAGGUAAUAUGCUCCCACAUCUUAGGGGAUGGUUAAGAUGAAAUCAGUUACCAGGUCUGGAGUGCCUACCCUGAUGCCUGGGCCAGAGGAAAUGCUGAGUAGUGUUGUUAGCUAUUGCCAUUCACUUCCUGGUGUUCGAGAGCCAGGAGGCAGAUGGUGGGUAAUUCCUCUCUGGUAUCUGGGCUACAUUAGACCCAUUGUUCUAUCCACAGAUACCAAGAUAGAAGAUGUUUCAAACUGGGGGCCUCAUUGUCCUCUGUGGGCUGCUGGCCCAUACCACAGCCCAGCUGGAAGUCCUGCCCUUGCCCCUGGACCAGAACCUGCUUUUGGCUGGGACUCCACCCCAAGCCCCACAUCCCACAGAUCUUGCUGGAAGCUUAACAAGUGGUCUCAGCAGUGGCCUGCUCUCUGGGGGUCUGUUGGGCAUUCUACAAAACCUUCCACUCUUGGACAUCCUGAAGACUGGAGGAGACACUUCUGGGGGCCUGCUUGGGGGCCUGCUUGGGAAAGUGACUUCAUUGGUCCCUGUCCUGAACAACAUCAUUGAUCUGAAGAUCACUAAUCCCCAGCUCCUGGAACUAGGCCUUGUGCAGAGCCCUGAUGGCCAUCGUCUCUAUGUCACCAUCCCUUUGGGCAUGAUCCUCAAUGUGAAUACGCCCCUGGUCGGAAGUCUGUUAAAGCUGGCUGUGAAGCUAAACAUCACUGCAGAAAUUUUAGCUGUGAAAAAUGAACAGGGGAAGAUCCACCUGGUUCUUGGUGACUGCACUCACUCCCCUGGGAGACUGCAAAUCUCUCUGCUUGAUGGAUUUGCUCCCCUCCCCGUUCAAAGCCUUGUCGACAGUCUCAGCGGCAUCUUGAAUGAAGUCCUUCCUGAGCUGGUACAGGGCAAGGUAAGUGAAUAAAAGUGGCAGCUCCUGAUUCUUAGGUCAUAGGGCUUCUCAGGAUGAAAGAAGCCCCUGGAGCGAGGUUUUCUGAACUCCUCAGUUUGAUAUGUCUCCCUGUCCGCUGAUCCAUCUGUCUGUGUUUCUUCUUUCCACCCUUCAAAAUGCAUUGAUUGGUUCCUGCUGUGGGCCAGGCCCUGGGCACGUCCACACUACAGCUGAAAUGGAUUGGCCCCUGCCCCAGGAAGCUCCCAGGCCACCCUCACCAGGGCUGUAGGCAAGCACUCUUCCAGCCUAUGCUA